AUGUCUCAGAAACGGGUUGCUCACGGAAACAGAACUUUUACCGUUCAGUUUGUAUCGACAAGUUCUCCGGAAACAUCACCUAUCCCGUGCAUUCAUCUUUUUUUUGAUUCCAAACGGUACCUGUUUGGUUCCGUCGGUGAAUCCUGCCAAAGAUGCGUCUUGUCACAGCAGCUAAGAUUAGCAAGAAUUGAAGAUGUGUUUUUCUGUCAAGGAUACUCAUUGCAAAAUUACAAUCAGGAAGAUAACAACGAACUUAGCUUGUGGGACUGUUACGGUGGCCUUCCUGGUUUCUUGCUGUCAUUAGCUGAUAUUGGUGAACCAAAAGGCGACGGUAAAGACAGCAUUGGGAACUCGAAGCUCGUACUCCACGGCUCUCGUGAAUUGCCAAAACUUCUUUCUUGCAUGCGACAUUUUACAUAUCAUGAUGUGUUGGAUAUUCAACUUGACAUAUUUGACGAUGAAUGUCCUGCUACUUUUUCAGAUGACAACAUAAACGUUUAUCCAGUGGUAAUACAGAACCCUACACUACAGGUUUCUCCUGCUAAACGGCGCAAACGUGAGCAUGCGCCGAAGGAUGAUGAAAAUUCGCUAGUGAACGAGCCUAACAACGUCGUUCACUUGGGUUCUGCUGUACCACAAAGCGAUGCAUACAACGAAGGCAUCGACACACACUUUUCUUACGUUGUUCAGUCUCAUCCUUCCCCUGGAAGAUUUGAUGCCAAAAAAGCAAAAAGCCUUGGUAUAACCAAGGGCGCGGACUGUGGAAAACUCGCGCGCAAUGAAAAUGUUCAGCUACCGGAUGGAACCAUUAUAAAACCCUCGGAUGUCAUCGGUCCAGAUGUUCCCGGGUUAUGCUUUUACUUUGUCUAUUGUCCUUCGCUAAACUGGCUCGAAGCAACCCUUGAACACUCGGCAUGGAGUCGUGCCCCAAAACCUGUCUGUAUUAUACAUGCCGUUAGUCAAGACGUUCUGAACCAUCCCAGUUACCUCUCAUGGCUUAAUAGUUUUGGUGACAACGUUUCGCACUUGGUUUCCCCACUCGAGCCCAAUCACUCGGUCUUGUUUUACAAAAGUUCUCUUACAUCACUUGCAUUAAACCUGUUACAUCCAACCAUAUUUCCGCUUGGCACCUCUUUUCUGCAGACUAAACUUUGUAAGGAUGGCCGUUUUUUCAAGGUUGUACCUCGGACUACUUUCACUUUUGGCAAGACAUUAAAAUUAAACGAACCGGAAGCAUAUCCCUCCAUUGAUUCCCUUCUCGAUACUCUGAAAAUAGAGAACCCUGAUUAUGUUCGUUUAGCGGGGAAAGCCCGUGAGCUCGUUUGUCAAAAGACCACGUCGAUGAUCGAGCCUGGUCAUGACAUCCAGCUUAUUACCCUUGGUACGGGUUCUGCUAUGCCAUCCCUAUACCGAAAUGUCAGUGCAAAUCUAUUGCGUAUACCCAUCUUCGGCGAAACAAACAAAACGUAUAACAUUCUUUUGGAUUGCGGCGAGGGAACACUCGGCCGCAUGGCUCGUCAAUUUGGUGACCGUUUAACAGAAGAGCUUGCUGCUUUGCGUUGGAUCUACAUUUCACACAUGCAUGCCGAUCACCAUGCUGGCGUUAACGGCAUUCUUCAAGCAUGGGCUAAAGUAACUGAACCUGACCAGGUUUUAUUUAUUACAGCGCCCCAAGCCUUUUAUAACUGGCUUUCUGAGUAUGCUACACUGGAUUCCCUACCUAUGGAUCGUGUUGUCUUCAUAAACAAUACCGCACUUCGAAACGAUCGUCCCAAUAUAACAGAGGCAUGUUCAAGAGAGAUAAGCCAUCUGUUUAACUCAUUGGGCCUUAAUAGUCUUCUCACUGUACCUGCCAUCCACUGCGCCUACUCGUUUUGUGUGGCUUUCACUCUGUCAAACGGAUGUAAAAUAGCAUACUCAGGCGAUACACGUCCCUGUUUACCAUUCUGUAACAUUGGUUUUAACGCUGAUUUGCUCAUUCAUGAGGCAACUCUGGAAGAUACCAUGCAAGACAUCGCUAUAAAAAAACAACACUGUACUCAUAAAGAAGCAUUGGAUAUCGCUAAACAAAUGCAAGCGAAAAACGUUGUUCUAACACAUUUUAGCCAACGUUAUCCAAAAUUGCCAGAUGUUCAUAUCGAGAGCGAUUCACCGAAUGUCGCUCUUGCAUUUGACGGAAUGGCUAUUAGAAUACAUGAAAUCUCUCAGUUUCAACAUUUCGUAGAACCUCUCAAAACACUCUUCAGCGAAAAGCCUAUCGAAAGUUAA